AUGGAUGAUGAUAAUUAUCAAUUUUUGGCUUUACAAUACAGUCGGCCCAGUCAACGAGUAUCCAGAGCUCCACGCAAAACCAGAGCAUCAGUAGGCGAUCAAUUAGCUGAUGACAGGAUAACUAGAGAAACAGUUGUUCCUCGAGCAUCUUCCCUACCGAGAGUUUCCGAAAUUCAGUCAUCUGGGGAAAUCCUUGCUGAAGAGCCUGGCGAAUCUGAGUCAUCCCCAUCUCGACCGUACUCCACCCAAUUAGAACAGCCGACGAAAGAGGAAGACAAUGGAAGUUCUACGGACGACAACAUAUGCAUCAGCACGUCACAUAGUAUUUGCGGAAAUCUCUCCGGACUCACCAUCACUAUAAAAGGCAUCGACAACGACGAUGACAACCUUUUCUCGGCAACAGUCAGCAAGACCGACUGCAAGAAUUGUCAGUGCCAUAAAAAAAAUCCUUGUUUAGAACCUCAAACAGUUCAAGCUCAGAUGCGACCGCUCGAUCGUUGGUCAUCACAGAUAGAAACUGAUGAAAUCAAAGGGUAUCUGCGGUCACUGUGCCGUAACUGCCAAUGCGGCAAAACCUUUUAUCCGGAUCCACAAUGUGCCACACCGCAAAGGCAAUCUUCCAAUCUGUGGUCAUCACAGAAUCAAUGCAACGAUUUGAGGGGCUACUUGCAGUCGACAUGGCGCAAUUGUCAAUGUUCCAAAAGUAGACCCUGCGAAGAAACUGUUAAUAUGAGUGGCACGGUACCACCUACACAGACGCAAGUGAUCCAAAACUGGCCGACACAGGUCGCAUCUGAGGACAUCAAGCCCAGCAUGCUAUCAAAUUGCAAGAACUGUCAAUGUGUAAGAAGAAAACUUUUUCUUGGAAGCAAUUCAGUAAACAAUCACAUUUCACCGAAAUUACCAUUCGAAGUUUGUCAAAACCCUGAAUGCAUAAAAGAUAAAUCCUGUCCGGAAGCGUCAACACUGGUUAGCCAAAUCGAAAAAUCUGCACUGUCGGAAACUACUUGCCCAAACCCCGAAUGUUUGAAGGACAUCCCGCGUGACCAAGCAGCGGUUCCUAAGGAAUUGGCCGCAACCAGCACACCGCCAAUGUUCGAAUCUUCCCCUUUACAAUUACAAAAAGAAACGCAAGAAGAGAAGGACGCAGAGGAAAGUCUAAUGACACCUGAAAAACAAUCACGGAACAUCAACAAACGGGUAUCAACUAGCACCAGUAAAAAGACAAGGUAUAACAGUGCCCAGCUCGAAACUAUUCAAGCGCACGAAAGUGAACCCCGACGUUCUAUAGAGGAAGUAAAAAAAAACAGAGCCGCCGACAGAGAAAGACAGAGAUCCUCGCAUAUGAAAAGUGAUGCAUUACCAGACGACAGUCGUCCCUCAAGAACAAGAACUGGACACAAAAAAGUGUCGGACGUGUCCCAAAGUUUUCCAGAGAAGCUUUCUCGUGCAAUCGGAAAAGGUGACACGGACACAAAUGAACGGUCAAGAUAUACAAACCCAUGCAGCUACCGUCGGGUGGAUCCAGAAGUAGAACAGCCACAAGGAUGUGUGCCUUAUAAACCACCUGAAGAAGAUAACAGGGAUAAAUGUUUUCCAAACGCAACCAAGACCGCUCAAAAGAGAACUUACACUCCACAAGCCAUAAUACCUGAAAAAUUACCAAGAACUAGCGAAAGACGGCCGACAGUUGAAUCUAAAGUCAAAAGAACAAGCGAACCACAUCCCAAGUUGGAAUCUCUAAACGAUCCGUUACAAGAUCCCAGAAAGUCGGUGCGCAUUAGUGAGAAAACCUCACCAACUGCUCCCACUUACAAUAAAUUGAGAACGAAAAUAGUAGAAGUAAAACAGAAAGACUCAAAAACUAAACACAUUUGUGAAUGCAAGAAAGGGAAAGCGACCAAAAAAGAUAAAGACGAAAAACGAGAUUCAACUUCCUGUGAAUGCCGUGACGAAAAAGGCUCUAAUUCGACGGAUUGCGCCUGUUCUUCAUCAGCGCACGAGAAUGAGAACGCCCAAAAUGGCAAGCUGUCGAAGAACACAAGUUCCGAUAAAUACCAAUGGCCUAAAAAGCUAAUAAAAGCAGUUCAGCCUCGGUCUUCUAAACAAAAGCUUCAAUCGUCAUCAUCAUUAGAGAAACAACCUUCGCCCCAAAAGCUACCGUUAGACGAAAAACCGUCGAAGCUUUCAUCAAUAGAAGAAAAGAGUCAAUCGCUAGAAGACAAGAGUCAAUCGCUAGAGAAGAACCAAUCAGACAGAAGGUCAUCGUCAGUGAAAAAACAGUCACCGAACCAAAACGAAGAGAAACUGUCCCAACUCAAAUCGUCUCAGAGUGAUAGUAUAUCAUCGAAACAAAAAUUAAGGUCCUCGUCCAACGAAAGUAGACCGUCGAGGCAGGCACGUCGUUCAUCAAGGGAUGAACGCCCAUCAAAUGCUCGUCAUAAAUCCGCACCGGGCGAGUACCGACCCACCGACGACACACAACGUGAAGUACGACCGUCGAAGCAGCCAACCCUAGAUCUGGAAGAGAUUAAGCUGGGAGAUAGUAUAACAAGUGAACAGGAAAGCGUACAAAUUCCUCAUGAAGCUUCAAAACACGAUGCCGCUGUGGAAAUAAGAUGUCCAAUUUGUACGUGUGCAACACAGUGCCAUAGUACAAGUUGUUAUCAACACACGGCUAUACUUAGUAAGACCUUAAAAGAAAACAUCUACGAAGACAUCCCAACUCCUGACUACACUUUCGAUGACGACGAAACGCUGUUCAGCGAUUUCACUAGCGACGAAAAAUCUGACACAACUGUACAAAGCACACGUUGUAAUCAUGUUGCCGUUGAAUUCUGUGACAAACUGAUGAAAACCAAAAAGACUUGCAAAACGUGCUGUGGGCGACUGUCGAAAGAACCACUUAAAAGAAACAAUCAAGCAACAACUACAGAUAAAACUAAAUUCAAAGACGUCAGCACGGUGACGAAAGAUUGGUGGAGUCCAAUGUGCGAGAAAAAAUAUAAAAAACCAUGUAGUAAUAAGAAAAAAUACAAGAAAACAAGCGAUAAAUGUAUCUCUACGGAUGGACGUCUGGUCACGUUCCGGAGUCGAACGCAACUAAUACCGACUUGUUGUCGCGAUGUUUUAUCACCAUCAAGAUAUCUUCUAGAGUCUCAACGGCAGUACAACGAGAUCUUCACCUCCAAAUUCUUCGGGAACACUGUGUAUCCAGCUUUGGUGCACCAUCACAAGCAAGGCGGAUUUUGUGCUUCCAAAAUUAAACGAAACUCGCAGCGGGGUCACAAGACAAAAAGGCUAGAGGAUUUCUCACCAAGGCAACAGUUACCGGCAAGUCCCAAAAUAAGCGAAGAACAUGCGCGCUCAGACGAUACUACGAGACCUGCUUUAAGAUACGUAAAAGGUCUGAGACGCUACAAGCACAGAACCGACGCAAAAUCAAGCUUUACCAGAAAACCAAGAUUUCAUAAACCAGGUUACGAGAACGGAGCGUACAAAAUUCUAAGAAAAUCACAACGAAAUUUAAGUCUACGUUAUGUCCCUGCAGAAGACAAAAUCAGCUUAUCAGGUCAAUGCAACUCUGCAAGUAGUUUUUGA